AUGGUGAAUGGAGAUAGAGGAGUUCCUGAACUGACUGUAAUGCGACUGAGAGAUACUUAUUUACGUAUUGUUUAUAGGGUUGAUUCAAAGUUUAUAGGGUUGCUUUAUUUGUUGCUAGAAAGGGUUGCUAGGGUUGCUUUAUUAGUUUUAUAUGUUGUUAAUGCAUAUUAUGGGUUGAUUAACAUUUUAAUGGGUAUGAAUUUCCUAAUUCAUCCGGAUAAUCGCUGUUCUUCAAAAAUUGCUUCUACAAUCAAAUAUUCUUUGAUUCAAGCUAUCCAUGAGAAGCUUUCAACAAAGCAAGUUAGUGAUUUUUGUGAUUCUUGUUUUGGUCAUUUCCUAAAUCUGCCAGAGUUCACAAUGCAACAUCAGCUUAUACACAAUCUAUUGCUAAGAGAGUUGCAACAACCCAACAAGCUAGAGAUUUGGGUUGGUGUAAAUGGCAUGAAGCUUCGAUUUGGGAUAAGGGAUUUUGCAUUAGUCACCGGAUUACGGUGUGUGGGCUCCACAGAUAAAAUCAAAUAUGUUUCAAAGGAUAAUGGUUUUUAUUCUACAUAUUUCAAGGAUCAUUCGAAGAUCAAUAAGAAACUUCUUAAAGAAUUCUUUGAUGGGAAAAAAUGGAAGAAUGAUGAGGAUGCCUUGAAGAUUACAUUGAUGCAUUUUCUGCACAAUUUCUUGCUUAGUUCUUCUGAAACUAAUAUUGUCCCUAAAGAAGACUUUAAUAUUAUUGAUAAUGGUGAGUUUUCUGAAUUUCCUUGGGGUAAAGAAAUUUUCAAGGCUACUGUUGAACCUUUAAAGAAAAGGAUUGUUGUAAAAAAUAGUAAAAAAGAGAGCAACAAAGAUGACAAGAAAAAAGAACAGGCUUUCUAUAGGUUGCUUGGAUUUCCAUAUGCCUUCCAAGUAUGGUUUUUUGAGUGUUGUCCAUAUUUGAAUGGGAGAUAUUGUCAUCUCUCUCAAGGAUCCAUCCCACGUAUUCUCAAAUGGUCAAGCACCAUUCAACCUACAUUUGCAGAAGUGACCAAGUUGUUAUCUUUGAAUGUUGCUGAGUUGAAAUUGAGGAAUAUAUAUCCUACUUCCAAGGAGAGAAAAAAUUCAGAAAUAAACAGUUUGUUUCCAAAAGAAAAGGAAGCUAUUGAGGAUGAAAUCAGUGUUGCUGAUAAUGUUAGAGUUGCUCAAGGACAUAGAGCAACUAAUUCUAGAGUUGUUGCAUUAGGAGAUGAUGACUUUGUAGAGACUCCACCUCGGUCUGUUGCUAGUGAUUCUUCACCUUCUUUGCCUGCUAUUCAUCCUCACUUUGAUGCUGGUGGUUGUUCAUCUCCUACGCCUGAGAUGCCUCAUGUUUCGCUAAGUAGCAUGCAUGCACAGUUGCUAGCUUUAGAGGCAUGCAACAAGAGAUUAGAAGAAAGCAACACAAGAUUAGAAGCAAGCAACAAGAAAUUAGAAGAGAGCCACAAGAUUUUUAUUAAUGAGUUGUCUUCAUUGAAGAGUCAUGUUCAUGAAGGAUUUUUGAAUCUUCAAAAGUUAUUUAGUUCCCAUUUUGUAGGGAAACAGGUAUGUACUGUUUUAUGUUUACUUUUUAAACUUUUUGUGCUUUAUCCUAUCAUUAUUUGUUCCUUAUUUUUUAUUUUUGUUCUGUAUUUGUAUUUUGAAUAG